CUUAGCACUCCCAUAGGGAAGUAAGAACAAGUGCCAGUUAUACCACUGAUCAUCAGUACAUUAACUGUCGGCGCGCAAGGCACACCCCACUCGGCAGCUAAACCUUGCGCGCGCAAAUGGCCACCAUGGGCGCCUUCCUCCUCUACUACCCGGAGACCCUCCUGGCCGCGCUCUGCUUCCUCUCCCUGGCCGCCCUCCGCCUCGCCCUGCGGUGCCGCGGCAGCAGCGUGCCGCUGCGAUGGCCGGUCGUCGGCAUGCUCCCCUUCGUGCUCAGCAACCUCGGCCACCUCCUUGACGCCGCCACCGCCGCGCUCAGGGACUCCGGGUGCACGUUCGUGUUCCGCGGGCCGUGGCUCUUCGGCGGCGACUUCCUCGUCACCUGCGACCCGGCCGCCGUGCACCACUGCCUCGCGGCCAACUUCGACUGCUACGACAAGGGCCGCGACUUCGCGGAGAUGUUCGACGUCGCCGGAAACGGGCUGCUCAACGCGGACGCCGCGUCCUGGGCGCGGCAGCGGCAGAUCGUCGCCACCGUCUUCGCCGCGCCCGUGUUCCGCUCCUUCGUCAUAUCCACCGUCGCGCGGCAGACGGCGCGGCUCCUGGUGCCCUUCCUGGACCACGCCGCCGCGGCCGGGCGCGCCGUCGAGCUCGAGGACGUGUUCAUGCGCUUCUCGCUCGACGUCUCCUACGCCGUGGUGUUCGCCGCCGACCUCGACUCGCUCUCCCUCUCCGCCGCCGACGCCCCGUACCCGCCCUUCGGCCAGGCGACCAGGAUCGCCGGGGAGGCCGUCAUGUUCCGGCACGUCGUGCCGGCUGCGUGGUGGAAGCUGCUGAGGUGGCUCAACGUCGGCAUCGAGAGGAGGUUCGCCGAGGCUAAGGCGGUGCUCGACGAGUUCGUCUACCGCGAGAUCGCGAAACGCAAGGCAAAGCCGCUCCAAGUCCAAGGAGGAGGACAAGGCGGCGACCUGCUGUCCAUGUACAUGGCGUGGCCCAGGGACCCCGCCAUGACCGACCGGCAGAGGGACGAGUUCCUCCGCGACGCCGCCGUCGGCUACAUGAUCGCGGCCAAGGACCUCGUCGCGUCCGCGCUCACCUGGCUCUUCUACAUGCUCUGCACACACCCGCGCGUGCAGGACAAGGUCCUCGCCGAGCUCGAGUCGUUACUACGCACCAACGCCGCGUGCUGCGGCGGCAAACCGGCCGUGUUCGACUGCGACACGCUCCGGUCGGCGACCUACCUCCACGCGGCGGUGCUGGAAGCGCUGCGGCUGCACCCGCCCGCGCCGUUUGAGGAGAAGGAGGCACGCGCCGACGACGUGCUGCCGGACGGCACGAGGGUGACCAAGGGCACCAGGAUCCUCUUCUGCAUCUACGCCAUGGGCAGGGUAGAGGGGAUAUGGGGCGACGACUGCCGGGAGUACCGGCCGGAGCGGUGGCUGUCCGGCAGCGGCCGGGUCCGGCACGAGCCGAGCUACAAGUUCGCAGCCUUCAACGCCGGGCCCAGGAGUUGCCUGGGCAAGGACCUGGGGCUCACCAACCUCAAGAUCGCCGCCGCGGCCAUCAUAUAUAACUUCCGGGUGGAGCUCGUCGACGGCCAUGUGGUGGAGCCCAGCGACUCGGUGGUGCUCCACACCAAGAACGGCCUCAUGGUCAAGCUCAAGAGAAGGGAGGCCGCUUGAUGAAGAUGAAUAAAUUCAGGCUUCUCGUUGCAUAUUCAUAUACACAAAAGCGAGGCGAAUUACUACUGAAUUACUACAUGUCAUACAAAAACUUAUGUUAUCCCCAGCAGAAGUUCUCUAUAACACACA